GGCUCGCCACCACAGCAUCUCGUGUCGGGGGAAUCGCUUCCUCGAGUUUCUCUGUGUCUACAGCCCCCUUCCUGCCACCAUGUCGAUGGUCUUUGACGAGUACGGUCGCCCCUUCAUCAUCCUUCGCGACCAGGAGCAGAAGGAGCGCAUCAAGGGCGUGGAGGCCAUCAAGAGCAACAUCUUGGCCGCGCGUACCGUGUCGAGUCUGCUACGCACGUCGCUAGGCCCUCGUGGCAUGGACAAAAUGAUGGUCAGUCAGGACGGCGACGUCACCAUCUCCAACGACGGCGCCACUAUCUUAGAGCAGAUGCAGGUCGAGCACCGUGUGGCUCAUUUACUCGUGGAGCUGAGCAAGUCGCAAGACGACGAGAUCGGCGACGGCACCACAGGCGUCGUCGUGCUAGCCGGCGCACUGUUAGAGCAGGCCGAGAAGCUUCUAGCGCACGGAUUGCACCCCAUGCGCAUCGCCGACGGCUUCGAAGAGGCCUGUGAGAUCGCGUGUAAGCAUCUUGAAGCCAUUGGCGACGUGAUCCAUUUCUCCAAGGAAGACUCGACGCCACUCGUGGAGACAGCCAUGACGACCUUGUCCUCUAAGAUCGUGAACAAAUACAAACGUCAAAUGGCGCAGAUCGCAGUGGACGCGGUCAUGAAAGUGGCCAACUUUGAGACGCGCGAUGUCAACUUUGACCUGAUCAAAGUGGAGGGCAAACCCGGCGGCACUUUGGGCGAGACGGCGCUGAUCAACGGAAUUGUCAUCGACAAGGACUUUUCCCACCCGCAGAUGCCUAAGGAGGUCAAAGACGCCAAGAUGUGCAUCUUGACGUGUCCGUUCGAGCCCCCAAAGCCCAAGACCAAGCACAAACUGGACAUCACGAGUGUGGAAGCCUACGAGAAGCUCUACAAGCAGGAGCAGGAGUACUUUACCACUAUGAUCAAGCAGGUGAAGGACAGCGGCGCCAAUCUGGUUAUCUGCCAAUGGGGAUUCGACGACGAAGCCAACCACUUGUUGCUACAGAGCCAGUUGCCAGCUGUGCGUUGGGUCGGCGGCGUUGAGCUCGAGCUCAUUGCUAUCGCCACGGGUGGACGCAUUGUGCCUCGAUUCUCGGAGCUUACGGCUGAGAAACUGGGUCGCGCUGGGACGGUGCGUGAGGUGGCGUUCGGAACGACCAAGGAGCGUAUGCUGGUGAUUGAGGACUGUGCCAGCUCGGACGCGAUCACUGUGCUGGUGCGUGGUGGCAACAAGAUGAUCGUGGAGGAAGCCAAGCGCUCGCUGCAUGACGCCAUGUGUGUGACGCGCAACCUGAUCAAGAACAACCGCAUCGUGUACGGCGGCGGUGCUGCUGAGAUUGCGUGUGGCAUUGCUGUGCGUGAGCAUGCGGACAACACGGAGGGCAUUGAGCAGUACGCGAUUCGCAGCUUUGCUGACGCCUUGGAGGACGUUCCUAUGGCUCUGGCGGAGAACAGCGGACUGAGCCCCAUCGACUCGCUCUCGGCUGUGCGUGCGCAACAGAUCGCGGAGAAGAACCCGCGACUGGGAAUCGACUGCAACUCGUCUGGUACCAACGACAUGAAGGAGCAACAAGUGUUCGAGACGCUUAUCGGCAAGCAGCAACAGUUGCAACUCGCAACGCAGGUCGUGCGAAUGAUCCUCAAGAUCGAUGAUGUCAUUAUUGAAGGCUCAUACGCCUAGACUCGCUUGACUUGCAGUUAGUGAUGGUUCGGAGAUAACAAAGGUAUUAACGUUAUAAACGUUGAGAACGAUUUGAGCACCUAAAAAAAUCCUCCCUGUUGCAACUUUUUUUGCCAAAAUAAAAAAGUUUUUUUGCAAGUACAAAAAA